GUAUGUGAGGCCGAUUUGAACCUUUCUUCCUUUGUUGAAUCUAUGGAAGGGUUGACGAGUGAUAUUAUCGCGAUGAAUGAAAGAGAGAAAGGGGUUGCAUCGUUGGGGUUAGCUUCGGUGGAGGUUGCACAGGGGGAUCCGUUUCGGCGAGUUACUCAGUCGAAGCCCUUUGAGGAGUGAAGAGAGGAACUUAAUCGUAUGAAGGCUUCCAUGUCUAGUGUGGAUCGGGAGUUUCUGAUCCCUGUGAUCUUACCCAAGAGGAAACUUCAACCCUAACAGCUUCUGCCCUAAAUCUUCUCUAUUAUACUCUAACAGCUUCUACCCUAACAACUUAAUCGUAUGGAGUUGGUGGUGGUAUGGCUGAUUCGAAGGUUUACACACCUAUUGGAGGUCGAUCUGGGUCAGGUGGUCGUGGAGGAAGGGGAGGCAGAGGCCAAAAUCCUGUGGCCUUGAAUCCUGAGUUGGGAGAGAGAGAGAGAGAGAGGGUUACAGAGAAGAUGGGAGGAGAAGGGAGAGAAGGGGAUUGGGAGUGCGGUGGAUGCAGGAACCGCAACUAUGCCUUCAGGUCCUUCUGCAACAGAUGUAAGCAGUCCCACCUUCUCGUCGACACCAGAACCCCCACCGAUUCUAAAUGGCUCCCCCGUAUCAGCGACUGGAUCUGCACUGGAUUGGCCUUUCCUUCCCUUUACUUCUACAAUGGAGGAGUUAGAGAGUUCCUUGCUACAAUAAAGCAACAAGUUUUUAUUGCGAGCCUUCCAUGGCAGGGUCAAAGAGCUGCAACAAAGAAGCAAAAAUAUGACAAAAUAUGUGAGAAGAAGUUAUCAACUCCCAUUGAGGUUUUACGCAAGUCGCAUCCAGUGGAUUUUGCAUCUUACUUCCAUUAUUGCCACUCUUUAACAUUUGAUCAACGACCGGAUUAUGGAUUCUUAAAGCACCUGUUUCAUGACUUGUUUACUCGUGAAGGAAAUGAUAAAAUCAAGGACCCAUUUAUCAAGGAUUACAGAGAGCACAACGAUGACACCACCGUACACUUUGAAGUUAUUAUGUCCGACGAGAACUUGAUCAUGGCAAAGCAAGAGGGCUUGCUAAAGAAAUUUAAACUCACCACAACUAUCAGCACAAGCAACAUGCAUCUGUUCGACCCAAAAGGCGUGAUUAAGAAAUAUGAAACCCCUGAACAGAUUCUUGAAGAAUUCUUCCACGAAUCAGAGGUCAUCUGUCAAACUUAGGUAUUUCCCCCCUUCUUCUUCUGAUUCUACCAUUGUGGUUGACCUCCCUAGGAGGGAAAGUGUAGAAAGGUGGGAGGCUUGUUUAGUGGGGCAUUUUUUGGGUAGGAAUCUGAAUUUUAAUUAUGUCAAAAAUUUUGCUUUCAAUCUGUGGUAAAAUAAGGGGUUAAGGCAGGUGCUAUCUACCUCAAAUGGGUUCAUCUUUUUCAUGUUUGAUGUCAUGGUGUUCUUAUUCUCUCUCUCUCUCUCUC